GCAGGGGGUGGCCUGGCUUCGUUGAUGAUCGUCAUCAUCUUCGACACGAUAUAGCUCAUUCUAUGAGUUGAACGGGUCGUAGAGCCACGAGAUUCGGCGGAGUCGUCUCCCACUUCCUUUCCUGCUUUUGAAUUCUGCCUUCUACUUUUUCAGAUCUCCAAUUGCUGUCUGCUCGAGAGGCCUUCAGAUCUCAAUCGCCGAUCCCGUCGUUCCCCGCGUUGACUGGAUUUCGAUAUGGAGACAAGCGUGGAGGGUAGGCACAGGUUACACUCUCGCUUGCGUCUAUGGGAGUUCCCUGAUCAGUAUGUGAUCGAGCCUACUGAUGGCUCUGGCUCUUCCUCCCUUGAGAUCAGUCGUGUUGAUGGCUCCAUGAAGCUCCUCGAUCAAGUCACAGAGUGCAGCGAUCUCCGGGUCCCUAAAAUCCGCACCAUUUUUGGCAUUGUGGGGAUGCUCAAGCUCAUCGCAGGAUCAUACUUGGUGGUCGUGACGGAGAGCGAAUGUGUUGGGUCAUUUCUGGGUCACCCUACUUUCAGAAUUAAAUCUCUCAAGGUCCUUCCUUGUGAUCAUUCGCUUAAAAACUCCCCGGAAGAACAGAAAAAGAUGGAGACUGAGUUCUCUAGGCUAUUGAGCGUAGCAGAAGGGACAUCUGGUCUUUACUUCUCAUAUGAAAUUAAUCUAACACUGAGUGCUCAGCGCUUGCAUGACUUGGGUGAGGAGUCUAAGUCACUUCCUUUGUGGAGACAGGCUGAGCCUAGGUUUCUCUGGAACAAUUAUAUGUUGGAAGUCCUGAUCGAUAAUAAGCUAGACCAAUUUUUACUUCCAGUAAUUCAGGGGAGUUUUCAUAGUUUUCAGACGGCCGUUGGAAGAGAUAUUGUUGACAUUACUCUGAUUGCUAGGAGGUGUACUAGGAGAAAUGGUACACGUAUGUGGCGAAGAGGAGCUGACCCCGAUGGAUAUGUUGCUAAUUUUGUGGAAACUGAACAAAUUUUCCAGAUGAAUGGAUACACAUCAUCAUUUGUCCAGGUUAGAGGAUCUAUGCCUUUCAUGUGGGAACAAAUCGUCGAUUUAACUUACAAGCCCAAAUUUGAGAUUGUCCGACCAGAAGAAGCUCCACGCAUAGCUGAACGUCACUUUCUGGACCUACGGAAAAAAUACGGAUCAGUUUUGGCAGUUGAUCUUGUCAAUAAGCAUGGAGGUGAGGGGAGCUUAAGCGAAAAGUUUGCAAGUGCUAUGCAGCACAUCACUGGUGAUGAUGUAAGAUACCUGCACUUUGAUUUUCAUCGCAUCUGUGGGCAUGUUCACUUUGAACGGUUAUCACUACUGUAUGAGCAGAUGGAGGAUUUUCUUGAGAAAAGCGGGUAUUUUUUGUUGAACGGAAAGGGCGAAAAGAUGAAGGAGCAGCUGGGUGUUGUCCGGACUAAUUGCAUAGAUUGCUUAGACCGUACGAAUGUCACCCAGAGCAUGAUUGGUCGAAAGAUGUUGGAAUUUCAACUCAAAAGGCUUGGUGUUUUUGGCGCUGAAGAAACUAUAAGCUCUCAUCCAAAUUUCGAUGAAUGCUACAAAAUAUUAUGGGCGAAUCAUGGUGAUGACAUUAGCAUUCAGUAUUCUGGCACUCCUGCAUUGAAAGGAGAUUUCGUUAGGUAUGGGCAGCGAACUGUACAAGGGAUCCUUAAUGAUGGUUGGAACGCCUUAAUGCGGUAUUACCUGAACAACUUUGCUGAUGGAACUAAGCAGGAUGCGAUUGAUCUUCUGCAAGGACACUACAUAGUAGCCGUCAGUCGAGACAUGGCUCCAGUGCCUCAGAAGGGAGGUGUUGAGGCCAUAGCUAACUUCCCAGUGGCACUAUCAGUGGUCCUGAUCAGUUUAUUUUUCGCGACAAUGUCUCUGAAACAAGCUGGGCGUGAUUACAGGCACUUGUUCUUCUCGGUCAUGUGGACGGGCAUCGGAAUGGCCAUAGUGGUGUUCAUGAGGGCCAAUGGCCGGAUCUUCUGCAACAGGCCUCGCCUGCACAAGCCCAGAUGUUGAAUCAUCUGAUGACAGGUUUUGCAAGUCAAAUCUUUGGGGGGGUUUUUUAAAUUUAUUCACACUCUUUAAUUCUUUUUAUUUAAUUAGAGGCCCGUAAGAUUAAGAACCGAACACGAACAAGAAGCGCUGCUUGCGCAUGUUUCGUCUCUGUUUUCUUGCUACUGCUGCUCUGUGGCUUUAUCAUAGUACCAUGGAAGCACAAAGCGGUUGGUGGAUCCUCUUUCUUUCAUCAAUAUGAUUUGGUUUACGCCGCCACGGGAUCCAAAUGGAUGAGAUCGUGUCUGUGCGAUCGGUAAUGAUUUGAAGUGUUUACAGAGAUUUAAUCCAAAACCAUAAUGAAUGUAUUAUGGCAUUUGCCCUU